GCAGCACCAGACAGGACGUCCUUCAUGACGUCGACGAUGCUCGUGCGGACGGCGUCCACGGCGGUGGUGACGCUUGACGCCGUCGUCCACGACCCCCACAUGCAUGCUGUCUUCCUCAAGUACCUCUCGGAGCACGACCCAAAGAACUUUGCACGUCUCCUCUUUCUGGUCAGCGUGGACGAGUUCAAGAAACUCGCGCCCACGGACGAUAGCAGCCAUAGCCCCACGACCCAGCGCGUCAACUACGCCAAGAAGAUCAUUCACAAGUACAUGGCGGAAGACUCAUUCUUUUACAUCGGACGCGCAGAACGUCCGCUCCUUCAAGAUGGCAACCAAACGGUUGCGUCUUUCGGACAACUUCUCCACCACGACUUGCAUCUGUGCAGCGGCCUCAGCGCCAACCCUGAUCUCUUCCUCGAUGUCGAAACCGCCAUCUUGACUGCCAUGGCGCCAAGCUUUCAAGCGUUCUCCGCCACGCCGGCGUUUCAAUCGUUAGUGAACAUGGAAAUGCUCGUCCCGCCCAUCGAAGAAGUCGAGCUGCAGCACGCCUCAAGCAGCUUCACCCUAGAGCGUGUCCUCGCAAAUCGACGACUCUGCUGCGUCUUUUGGCUCUUCCUCUUCAAGGAGCGUACGCAUGCUCCACUGAGCUUCUGGAUGGAGACGACAUAUCGCGUGCUACCGUUGGUCGAGUCCAACGAGGCGGCAACCGCGACGUCAUCUUUAACGCAUCUUGGCCGGGUCCUCCAGACGAAGUACUUUGACCACAGCGCAAACGCCCAAUUGCACGUCCACGGCGACAUCCAGCUGACUGUCGUGGAAGGUAUCCAGGCGCACUUGGCCGAGUGGAGCGCCGGCAACUUUUCAAAUGUCUCCAGUAUGGCGCGGCUCCUGCGACAGCUCCUUCGCCACGUGAAAGAAGUGCUGCAAGUGAACCAUUUUGUCCGAUUCAUUCAAAGCCCGAGCUUCCAUUCCAUGCUGCUCGCUCCAUCGCGCAAUCGGUUGUGCCUCAGCCCCCACAAAACACAGUCCAGAGCGACCGCAUCGGUGCUGCAGGGCUCCACAAGACCAAUGUCACCGUAUAGCUCGAGCAGCAGCAGCAGUGACGAUGGCAGCAGCGACAGCAGUGGCUCCAACUCGACACUUCAAGACGUCGUGCACGUGAUGAACGUGCAUUCGUCGCACCAGUCUCCGCUGUCCAUCGGAGCAUCGUUCCCCUCUGGCUCGAGCUCGACGCCGGUGGACUCCAUCGCCGGCGUCUUGCACUUCGCCCUCCAUCCGUCGCACAAGUCGUCCUUUGACACAGACAUCCUGUUCGACGCAACCACAUCGUCUUCCGCGACAAACCAAUCGCAAUUACCAGAGCAUCUCGACGCAUUCUUUGCACCAGGAGGGACACCGCCCAUGGUGCGCAGCCAGACGCAGCCACCGUCGUCACUCUUCCACCUUACCAUCGGUCCGACUGAUCGUCCGUUUUACAUGGUUUGCCUCACGCGCUACGUGGCCAUCACGGCGCCGGCCGAACUGAAUCCAUUAGAACUCGUCCUCCUCGAGCAGAAAAACCUCCACCGGUUCGUGCUCACGGGGUUGUGCGUGCUCAGCUAUGCCCCGAACUUUGACACAAUCCGGGGUCGCCUCCGACAACUGCACAUGGAAGCUUUGAACGCGCCAACUUCGAACUACGCGACAAGUACGAAGUGGCGGCCCUCCCUUGACCAGCUCGCUGAGCUGACCGAGCCAUCCAUGGCACAAACGGAAAUAACGAUACAGACGCUUUUCACGUGCCUGGCUCCACCCCACGUCCUUCAAGUCGUCGCUGCCAUCCUCUGCGAACGAAAAGUGCUGCUCAUCUCGUCGCAUGUGUCGGUUCUCACAACGGUGGCGGAAACGUUUCGGUUGCUCCUGCGGCCACUCGAGUGGCCCCAUGUGUUUGCCCCCGUUCUGCCAGAAUGCAUGGUGGACUGCCUCCACUGCCCGACGCCGUUCGUAUUCGGUGUGCACCGAGCAGGGUCGGCCACGGCGUUGGAUAUUGUACAGGACUCGGAUUCAACUAUCGUCGUGGUCGACUUGGACCAUGACCGCGUCGACUGUCAUUUCAAGUCGAGCCACCAUCGCCGCAGCCGACGCAGUUCGAAUGGGAAAGACCGCCCCGUUACGUCGGCUGCUCCCGGCCCCGACGUCCUACCCCAAGCCGCCGCCCUUGAAGACUCGCUACGAACGCUCUUGCGGCCGCAUGUCGAGCGCAGCGACGACAUCGACUGCCCACGAAGAGAUGACCACACUAGUUUUCCGGAAGCUGCCGUUCUUGCACUGUUUCGAGAGACGUGGGAUCACAUGAUGGAUCGCAUGGAAGAGUUCAGCUUUGUCCUGGCAGACGAAGGCGACAGCAUGGUCGUGUUCGACUCGAUUGGGUUUCUUCAACAGAACCAAGGCGCCGAGUUCGCCUUCUAUCAAGCGUUUUUGAAGACACAGCUAUUCUCACACUACAUUGCGACCCACGCUCUCCUCCGCGACUAGACGCUGCCGCCGGCUCACCCACGUGUCAUGCGAGGAAUAGCUGCAUGCGCCCAAGGGGCAACGACGAGCCGUGGCGACUCUCGCAGACGAGAAGCGGCGGCGCACACUCUUGUAGGUCACGACUUUGUGAUAAUGGGAGUGAUUUAUUCGACAACGCCAAUCAUCC